UGUAGUGUUACGGCUACGCUAUAUGGCGGUCAUACCGGCCAUGCCGGUCUAUGCAGAUACAGAUACAAUGUCCUGCUCAGUGAUUUGUCCACUGGCAGGUGAGUCGGGGGUGUGUCCCAUAUGAUGACCCCUCGUCGGACCAUCCGGUCACUCAGAACACCUGUACUCCACAGGAGGUCGCAUCUCCUCCGAUCCUGGGCUAUAAAACAUCAUUUGGGCAGAAGGUUUUAAUCUGACAUCGUGUGCGUAAAUCUAAACUGACAAUGUGUACUUUAGUCGUGUCGAUAAUGACUUUGGUGGCCGUUCUUCAGUCUUCCCCCGCAGUCUUCGGGCAGUUCCCGCGUGCUUGUAUGACUGUAGACGGGAUCCUGUCCAAAGAGUGCUGCCCGGAGUUGAUCUCUCCGGACGGCCAGAACCUCGGCGUGUGCGGACAGACCGCCAGCCGGGGCUCCUGUCAGGACCUGACCGUCCCCGACAUCCCCCACAACCCCGAAUAUCCCUUCACCAACGUGGACGACCGAGAACGAUGGCCCAACAAGUUCUUCAACCGGACCUGUGUGUGUGAGGGCAACUUCUGGGGCUACAACUGCGGCGAGUGUCGGUACGGCUGGGCGGGAGAGAGCUGUGACCAGCCGGCCCCGCCAGUCUUACGGAAGAACAUUAAGAACUGUACGGUGGAGGAAAGACGGCGGUUCGUGGACGCCUUGGACCAGGCCAAGAGAACCGUCCAUCCUGACUACAUCAUCUGUAAGGAACACUGGCUUGGUUUGCUGGGACCAAACGGCACGGAGCCGCAAGUGGGCAACGUGACGAUCUAUAACCUGUUUGUGUGGAUGCACUACUACGCCGUGAGGGACACACUCCUGGGACCCGGUCAGCCGUUUAAGGCUAUAGACUUCGCACACGAAGGUCCGGCCUACAACACCUGGCACCGGAUGCACCUGUUGUGGCUGGAGCGGGAGAUACAGAAGAUGCUGGGAGAUGAGACCUUCGCGCUGCACUACUGGGACUGGGCGGUAGGAGGUUCGGAGUGCGACGUGUGCACAGACGACAUGAUGGGAGCCCGCCACCCCCUGAACCCGACCGCCCUGAGUCCCGGCUCGCCCUUCUCCCGCUGGCAGUCCGUCUGUAUGAGUCUGGACGACUACAACCGGCUGGUGACGCUGUGUAACGGGACGGACGAGGGGCCGAUCUUCCGGAACCCCGGCGGGAACGUGGACCGUCCGGCCGUCAGGGUCCUCCCCAGGGGAAGAGAUGUCGGACGCUGUCUCGACCUCCCUCUGUACGACAACGCGAACUGGACGGAAACUGCCGAGCGGAGUUUCCGGAACACCUUGGAAGGGUUCGACCAUCCCGACGGAGAGUACGACCCGAGCAUCCGCAGUCUGCACAACCUGGCGCACCUGUUUCUCAACGGCACGGCCUCCAUCACGCAUGCGUCAGCUAACGACCCCAUCUUCGCCCUACUGCAUUCUUACAGUGACGCCAUCUUUGAUGCAUGGCUUCUUCUGCAAAACACGUCGUCAUUGGUCAACUAUCCGGAGGAGGGCGCCCCUAUCGGUCACAACCUGAACAACACCAUGGUUCCGUUCUUCCCCGUGGUGCGCAACGCUGACGUCUUCCAGUUCUCACAAGACAUCGGUUACGCUUUUGACGCACUGCCUGAAAGUGUGCCAGAAGAUUCAUCUCAACUCACCAGCUUCGAAAUCUUCGCGAUGGGAGUCGGAGCCUUCAUGGGGUGUGUCGUGUCCGUCCUGGUCGCCUUCGGGAUUGCUCGGAGGCUGUCGGCAAAACGUCGGGGAGGACCCGACGGCAAGGGCGUGUACCAACCACUCCUUAAGGAGGAAGACGACAAGGGCCGACGUUACACGGUGGAAACUGCAGUAACAUUCACAGAUAACGAAGUGAUAUGUAAAGUGGACAAGGAGUAGAUAUUAAAAACAAGAAUACAUCAACCAAGGCAACUUCCUUGCAUCAACACACACGUUAUUGAAACAGAGAAACGAGAAGGACUGACUGUAUUCAAGGAGCUUUUAUCAUACAUAAAAGCUCCUUGCUGUAUUAUAAUCUUUAUAAGAUUUUAGGGCAUUCAAGGUGUGCAAUCACGGAGGUGGAUAUUAGAUUUUGUAUCAAGGCUUAAUAUUGUAUGUUCUAUUUCGCAUCAUGUUGACAUAGAGUAAACAGAGAAAUGAUUGAUAUGAAUGCAUUUAAUAUGUACAACCCGGAUGAAAAAGCUAAGUUGAUUCAACAUAAAGCAGACUCCUACGCUUGAACGGUUCCUUUAAAAAUAUUGUUUUUCCUCACCUUGUUAAUGAAAGAUAAGUGUAUAUACUAGUAUAGGAUAAAUAGGUGUAUUUAUUGGUUACCAUUCUCGUUUGGCAUUAUACAGUUAUUUUACUUCAUCACACCAUGGACAAUACAAGAAUUACGCAGCAACAUAUAGAUAAGAAACAAAAUGCCAGCAUAAGUUCACAGCAUUUCCAGACAGGACUGUAAACAUACGCAUCGAUGAGCAAAAUGGUAGAAAAAUAAACAUGACGUAUGAAUAUGAAUUUGUAGCCAUAUGGAGCUAACGAAGUGAAAAAUAAACGCUGUACAUCAUACUCAA